AUGUUCAUCAAACACUUCGCUCUCGCGCUGGCCUUCAUGGCCCUCGCCAAAAUUGCCACCGCUGGUCAACCUCCACCCUGUCUCGCCUCAGCGAUAGCAGGCCUUUCCAACAACGCGUCCGACGUUGCAAGUGUUGCAAACAAUUGCGGACCAAACGCAGCAAGUGCAUCCUCCGCCAUCCAAAGACAGUGCGACGGCCAAGCAACAGCGGCACUGAGGUACUUUGCCAACGUCGUCUGCCCUCAGGCUGGUCAUCCAGAGUUCUCGUCUAUUGUUUCCAUCCCUGCUGCCAGCCCUUCUUUCAUUUCUCCUGUUGCUCCGUCGACUCCGAGGUUUAGUGUACCUUCCGGACCCAGCAGUGGGAUCCCUCCCUCUGGUCCUGGGGCCACUGGUGGUGCUCCUGCGGCGGCUCUCCCUGCUGGUGGUGCUCCCGUUGGUGCUGCCCCAGCUGGCGGUGCUUCUGCGGGUGCAGGUCCUACUGGCGGUCCUCCAGCCCCCUUAUCUGGCUGUGCUCCGGCUGGCGCUUCCGCAGCUGGUGGUGCUCCAGUCAGUGGUGGUCCAGUCGGCGGUGCUCCUCCGGCGGCUUCCCCUGCUGGUGGUGCUCCAGUUGGCGCUGCCCCGGCUGGCGCUGUCCCUGUUGGUGGUGCUUCUCCGGCGACUCCAUCUGCUGGAGCUCCUGCUGGCAGUGCUCUGUCUGGACCGGCUCCUUCCUCCGCCACCACAGCCCCAUCCUCUGCAUCCGGUAUUCACAGUGCUGCUCCUUCGCUCUUCACGGCCGGCGCCGUUCCGGAUCGACAGCUCUCAGCGAACAUGGUCGCCGCCGCGGUGUUCCUGGGAGCUGCUGCCGCUCUUUGA